UCCCCCUUUCCUCCGGCCCGUGAAUGAGAAUCGGGGGGAAGAUUCCGUUAAGGGGAAUCGCCGCGGGGAAGAAGAGCCGAUCUCUGUCUGAACCCCCACCCCGAUUCCCUCUCUGUCCGUUGGCGAGCCUGUGAUCUGGACAACCGGAGCGGCCGGGAGAGGAUCUCUUAUUCCAGUACUGAGAAAUUGAAUUUUGGAAAUAUUCCCCUUGUUUGUGGACCUCUUGUACUUCACACUCUCAGCACUGCGGUUCUUGAAAACAUCGACUUAUCAUUUGCUGUUAGCCUUUCAAUACAUCCAAGGAAUGUACAAUGACAUCAGCAGUAGUUCACAAUGGAAGUUCAAGCCUGGAAUUUGACAGCAAUGGAGUACAGAUUCAAGGCAAGGAGAAUGAACCAGUUUCUGAAUAUCCAGCGGUGAUUGUGGAGCCGGUACCAUGUGCCAGAGUAGAACAAGGAUAUGCUGCACAGAUUUUUGUUUAUGAUGAUGAAACUUACCUGCUACAAGAUGUUGCAGAAGAACAAGAAAUCGAGACUGAAACUGUGAAAACAGUGGAAGCAUCUGUUCAUGGCAGCAAUGUGCACUGUUCAGAUAAGACAAUUGAAGCAGCAGAAGCCUUGCUUCAUAUGGAAUCUCCAACCUGCUUAAGAGAUGCUAGAAGUCCAGUGGAAGUUUUUGUUCCGCCUUGUGUGUCAACUCCAGAGUUCAUCCAUGCUGCAAUGAGACCAGACGUAAUUACAGAAACUGUUGUGGAAGUAUCGACUGAAGAAUCUGAACCAAUGGAUGCAUCUCCUUCACAAACUUCUCCAGAAAUCCAUGAGCCCAUUAAAAAAAAGAAAGCUGGCCGUAAGCCAAAAUCUCAAGUGCCAUCAACCAUUUCCAAUUCAUCUCCAGACUUGGGUAUAAAAAAGAAGCCAAGAGAGGGCAAAGGAAAUACUACCUAUUUGUGGGAAUUCCUUCUGGAUUUACUUCAAGAUAAAAAUACCUGCCCUCGAUAUAUCAAAUGGACUCAGCGAGAAAAAGGCAUUUUUAAACUUGUGGACUCAAAAGCAGUUUCCAAGUUGUGGGGAAAACACAAGAACAAGCCUGAUAUGAACUAUGAGACAAUGGGAAGAGCCUUGAGAUACUAUUAUCAAAGAGGAAUUCUAGCAAAAGUUGAAGGACAAAGGCUAGUGUAUCAAUUCAAGGAAAUGCCCAAAAAUAUUGUUGUUAUUGAUGACAAAAGUGAGUGCGGCAAUGAAGAUUUAUCCAUGUCUACUGAUGAGAAAUCAUUGGAACGUGUAUCACUAUCUGCAGAAAACCUCAUAAAAACAGCGAGUUCUGCUCGCACAGGAAAAAGCACUUCUCAGUUGACCUGCACAAGAUCAGAGAAACCUGUUGCCAGAGUGAGUAUCUCCUCACCUGGGCAUGAAAUGUCAUCUUGUUCACCCACCACAACUACCGUUUCAGCAACAACUGCUCCCAGAACUGUUCGAGUGGCUAUGCAAGUGCCUGUUGUAAUGACAUCUCUGGGACAGAAAAUAUCAACUGUUGCAGUGCAGUCAGUAAAUGCAGGGUCACCAUUGAUUACCAGCACAAGUCCAACAACAGCAACAACCCCAAAGGUAGUUAUCCAAACAAUCCCUACAAUGAUGCCAUCAUCUGCUGAAAAUGGAGAGAAAAUCACAAUGCAGCCUACAAAAAUAAUCACCAUCCCUGCUACACAACUUGCACAAUGCCAGUUGCAAACAAAAACUGGUUUGCCAGGGACAGGGAGUAUUAACAUAGUUGGAACACCUCUGGCUGUGAGAGCACUUACUCCAGUAUCUUUAGCCCACGGGACACCAGUGAUGAGAUUAUCAAUGCCCUCCCAGCAGGCAAGCAGCCAUACUCCACCCAGGGUAAUUAGUGCAGUUAUAAAAAGUCCAGAGGUCAAAUCUGAAGCAGUGGCUUUAAAGCAGGAACGGGAGAUCAAGACCCUGCAACUAGUACAAGAAGAGAAACCAGCAGAUGGAACCAAAACAGUCACUCACGUCGUCGUCGUUAGUACACCCUCCACUAUUGCCCUACCUGUACAAGUGAAAACAGAAGGAAUAGUAACAUGCGAAAAAUGAAAAAAAAAAAAAAAGCAACUGUGAACAUUAAUUACAGAGACCAUUGUGGAAUUAAGCAAACUGACAUACAUAGGAAGCCAGGGAAUUGGACACAAGAAGUUGAAAGAACUGGUUUUUUAAAAAAAUUGUUAAUAGUUAUGCAUAUAUUAGAAAUUUACUGGAAGCAAAAUAAUGUCCCAUGUUUCAGUGGGAACUGAACUAGAUCUACACACUGACACAAUUGCCUCUUGUAUAUCAGGGUUAAGCUGAUGAAGAAAGAAAAUUCCUGGAGCUGAAGGGAAUAGCGGGUGAGCACUUAGGAGGCUCACUGCAUUACCAGUUACACUAAGUCAUGGAACACUAAACUGGUUCUGUGAGGAUCUUGGCUUAUGUAGAUGGAGGGGCUAUCUAGAAGAGGCUCAUUGUUACACAGAACACAUUUGAUGCAUUUGAAUAUGCAUACCAGCAAUUACUACUGUGUACUCACAGUGUUCAACUGGUGCUAUGUGAAAAACUCUGCUACUAGGUAUUCUUGAAUGUGAACAAGGAAAGAAUUAAAGAACUUCUUUCAAGAAGUUGAAGAACUUAGAAAAAUUUUUUUGUCCCAUGCAGCUUAAGCAGAUUUUAAAACAAAAGCCUUAGACUGAUUUUCAGUUACCUUUGUUGAAAUAAGCUAAAGGCUUCUUUGUGUAAAGCAUUUUUUAUUAAAACAAUUUUUUUAAAAAAAUCUUAUACCUAGCACAGUAUUGUUAUAGAAUUACAUGUAACAUAUUUUGUAUGGUAGUCAAGUCUGUUGGUUUCUUAAUUGGGGUCAAAGUGGCCAGAGGUUCAGCCUCUUGCGGCUUGGAUCACCCACUUCGCCUGGACAUCUGCACACAUUUCAAUUUCAGCUUUUACUCGGUCACUUGAAAGGUCAUGCUUGGCAUGAACUUUUGUCAGGUAGAUUAAAAGCCUGUAUAUUUUUAGUUGGUUAGAGGAAAGUACCAGUGUUCAGAAUGAACUAUAAUAGUUUGUAUAUUCAACAUUUAAAGUAUAUUCUAUUUUGUUGUACUCUUGUUUCAAAGUGUAUUCAAGUAGGUUUUACUGAAAUACAGAUAAUGAAAUUUAAA